UUCAUCAACUACAGCGGUCCCGCCUCUGCCUUCCCCGAUCCCAGCCAAUGGGCCACAUACUCCUCUCUCUGGCAACAAAACUCAUCCCUAAUGUCCUACAACGACAGCGCCAACGAGAUCACCCUCAUCGGUUCAGCCAUCACUAUCGUAUCCCAAGAAUCCGGGAUCGACGCCCGUGUCAUCUUAUGCAUAAUCAUGCAAGAAUCUGGCGGAAACGUCAGGGUAGGAAAUACCUUCAACGGGGUCAAUAACACCGGGAUAAUGCAAGCAUUUAACGGAGUGUCGUUCAAUCCAAGUGAUCCGGCUGGCAGUAUUCUCCAGAUGGUGAGAGAUGGCACCGAAGGGACGGCGUCGGGACCUGGGCUGAAACAGGCAUUGGAGCGAUAUGGGAACUACUAUGUGGCGUUGAGGGUGUAUAAUUCCGGAUCUGUGGAUUUGAAUCAGUUGAAUAAUCCAUUGGGGGCCACGGCGAAUUAUGUGGUUAAUGUUGCGAAUCGGUUGAUGGGG